AUAUUUGAUUGUUAAACCCAUGCUCCGCCAAAUAUUGAUUUGCUAAAAUACUCACUAUUUCGGCCACCACGUGCUGAGAAAUAAGACAACCAAUCCAACUAUAUAUAUCCACUGUCUUCCAUAUUUCUAUACCUAAAUCAACUUUCUUACAAUACCCAUCUUGUAACUAACCCUCAUUCUCUAUUCUCUAUAGACUUCCAUGGCUAAUUCCAAUGAUAACAACAAUGAGGUUGUCACUCAAAUAGAUUCUUGGUACAGAAUCUAUAAAGACUCACGAUGUGAACGUUUAUAUGACACAAUUGGCUUAGCCUACGUGCCCCCAUCACUUGAUGAUCCACAAACUGGAGUGUCAUCCAAAGAUGUCAAAAUUUCACCACAUGUUUCUGCUAGACUCUAUCUUCCAAAAAUCACCACUGAUUCUAGCCAAAAGCUUCCCAUUUUAGUAUAUUACCAUGGUGGUGCACUAGUUCUGGGAUCCGCCUUCUUCAACGCAUACCAACGUUACCUCAACAUCUUGGUUGCUGAAUCUAACGCAAUCGCGAUUUCUGUCGAGUACAGGCUAGCCCCAGAACAUGACGUGCCAACAAUCUACGAAGAUUGUUGGACUGCACUUCAAUGGGUCGCGUCACACGCUAGUGAAAAAUUCACUAGCGCUAACGAAGAUCCGUGGCUAAAAAAUUUCGGUGACUUUAGCAGGUUGUCUAUAAUUGGAGAUAGUGCUGGUGGCAACAUAGUUUAUCAUAUGGCCAUGAGAGCUGGAAGAGAAGGUGGUGUUAAUGAAAAUGUGUCCAUCAAUGGUUCAAUUCUUGUUUGUCCUUAUUUGUUGGUCCCACUUGAGAACAUUGAACAAGGUAUAUCCUACAAGAACUGGAUCAUUAUUAGCCCGCCAUCAGAAGCAGGGCUCCACAGCCCAAUGAUUAAUCCACUUGCUGAGAAGGCUCCUUGUUUGUCAGGGCUAGCCUGCUCUAGGGUGUUGUUGUGUUUUGCAGAGAAAGAUGAGUAUAUUCCAAGAGAAAUUGGGAUAGAAUUCGUUGAGGGCAUCAAGAAAAGUGAAUGGAAAGGGGAUUUGGAAUUUGUUGAAGUCGAAGAUGAAGGUCAUUGCUUUCAGUUGGCCAAUCCUGAAACUGAAAAAUCUCGAGAUUUGAUCAAGCGUUUUGCUUCUUUCAUCCAACUUAAGUGAUAGAUCGUACACUCCUAUAAUAACAUCCUUGUUGCUUCAAUAAUGACCUUAUCUUGAUUCUUGCUUGUCACGAUGAGAUAGAUGUCAUUUUCAUCGGCCAACUUAAAAUCUAAAGUCAGAAUUAGAGUAAAAGCAAUGCAAGAAUAACAUUAUUACGUACAAUGUUUGAUUUCACUUUUUCCUUUUUGACAUAAAUAAUGAUUGUCAUAAGUUAUAUAUAUGCCUGAAUAUAUGUAUUAUUUUAUACGGAAUAAAAUGUGAAAUAAGAACA